AUGGGCAGUGGUAAUUUUUCAGAUGAGUUAGAAAAAGAAAACUUCCAAAGGCAAAUCCAUAUAGAUUUGAGUACCCACCGAGACAUGAGAUCUCAAAAUGAUGACAACACUGGGCAAAAGAACAAUGUGAAUUUUGGGAAACAAAAAUCACCACACGAUAAAGAAAGUGUAACUCGAAGCCACACAACAAGUAACAUAUUUAAUGAAGAAGAGUUGCAUGAAGGGUUUAAGAAGAUGGGAGAAAUAAAUAAUAGCUCGAGGCUUGCCCCCGACUCCAACUUUGACAUGGAGGAUUCCCAAUUAAAAAACUGGGAAAGUUUUUGGUGCAAUACAGAAGGUUACAAAACUAAACACAUUCAACCUUUUCAUUUCACAAGCGGGUUAGAGGAGAUAAAGGAACCAGUUAUGGAGGUGAAUAUUUCAACGUCACCGUACAAAGGGCAAAGACCCAAUUCUGCUCCCACUGAAUGCUCAGCUGCUACUACCACAUUUACCAAAACACAGCUUGAGGUGAGCUUUUUGAAAACUAAUCUACUUACAUAUAWCAAAAAGGAGAUUGACAUUUGCCUGACAAGUAUACCAUUUUUCGAUGAUGCAAUUCAAAUGCAAAAGAAAUUCUUAGAAUAUAGAGACAUCGAGUUGGAUGAAGAAUAUGAACUGAAGAUUUUAGGAGAGCUUUUGAAUGAAUUGAAUUUUUUUCACUUGCAGGAAAACUGUUUACUCAAUAGAGAGCUAGCAGUUCGCAAAUUCUCCAACCAAUCUGAAACCCAAAAUCUUCCCUCUCUUAAAAGUUUCAGAGGCUCCCUAAUUCCUAUGAUCAACUCACACUCUCCCUCAAGAAUGUCGAAAAGGAAUGGAAAAUCGUUCGAGGAGAGCUAUGAGUUUACAACCAACUCUUCAAAUUUCUGGGAGAAAGCAGAAUUUCAAAACUCAGCAAGUGGGACACCCAAUUGUUUCGCCGGUAAUAAUCUAUAUCAAACAAAACCUUUUAUGCCCUUUGAAAACCAAAAUGAGCCUUCUUUUAAUAGAAUGAAUGUAGAUUGCAAGCAGCAUUUUAACUCCGGAAGAAGUAUUCAAAAGGGAUUAGAGGCGAGGUCUUACAGGGGACUAAAUGGUAACUAUCAAAAUGGAUAUGCUGCAAUGACAAAAUCGUUUGGUAACAUCGAUUUAAAUAAAAUGCCCAAAAAAACCAACGAAGAAACGUAUGGAUGGUCAUGA